AUGACGUUCGCAGCUUACGUGGCAGACUUUCGUCAGAAUGAAUCUCAUUCUGAGCCAGUGGUUCUGGACGCAAGUAUUACAGUUACAAACCGGUAUAAAAUAUUACCAGGAAAAGGAAAUGGGUUCAAUGGGAUAUGGAAUGGGCUGUAUGAUGCAGUAACCAGAAAAAAUCUCAAAAAGCAGAUUAAGACGAGUGUUGUAAUAUCUACACGAAGCGAGAAUCAGAAGGAGUAUUAUCGCCUGACUCAGGAUAUGAUCCGCCAAUAUGUCCACAACCGCUAUCAUCGAAUGGAUGAACUUGAUUCCUCAGCCUCCGUUCCGGAUCAUGUCAGCCACCGCAUCGACAUGGUUCGGUUGGCUUUCAUGUGCCACGCUGAUACCGCAGUCAUCACUUGGAAUGGGGCAUUCUUUGAGGGGGAGCCAGAUUUUUGUGCAAAGCAGCAGUGCGGAGGUUCUGAUACAAUUCUUGAAUGCUCGAAGAAACAUGAGGUCACGGAGGAUGUUUGCGAUUCUAGCGGGAUUAUGACUCUCAAUGGAUUGCGCUACUGCAUUGCUGCCCAACAUUUCCGAGGUUUGCGAGGACGACCAGAGAGGCGUGACAUGGGUCGGCCAGUGAUAACUCACGGGUAA